AUGGCCCAGUCGCCUCCUCCUCCUCCUCCGAGCCUCCAGGGCCUCGACCACUGGGUCUUCUCCCAGGGCUGGGGCUGGGCUCAGCACUCGGACUCCACGUCUCCGGCCUCGUCCUCAGAUUCGUCCGGUUCGUGUCCUUGCUACGCCACCCGCCGGCCCUCACAGUCCGCGGGCCCGGCCCGCAGCGCACGCACUAGCCAGGCCGCCCCGACGGCUCCCCGACGAGCGCGGCCCGCGCCCGCAGGGGGACAGCGGCAGAGUGCCAGCGAGCGCGAGAAGCUGCGCAUGCGCACGCUCGCCCGCGCGCUGCAAGAACUGCGCCGCUUCCUGCCGCCGUCGGUGGCACCUGCCGGCCAGAGCCUAACCAAGAUCGAGACGCUGCGUCUGGCCAUCCGCUACAUCGGCCACCUGUCGACCCUACUGGGCCUCAGCGAGGACAGUCUGCGACGCAGGCGCCGACGGAGUGCGGACGCCGCGUUCUCUCACCGAUGCCCUCAGUGCCCCGAUGGAGGCAGCCCCCCACAGGCUCAGAUGCUUGGUCCUGGUCUGGGAUCAGCCAUUAGUAGUGGGGUCGCCUGGGGGUGCCCGUCUGCUUGUCCUGGACCCCUAAUCUCACCUGAAAACCUUGGGAGCAGGCUCUCCAACGUGGAUCCCUGGGUGACACCUCCUUAUUGUCCCCAAAUACAGUCACCCUUACACCAGUCCCUAGAAAGAGGCGCCGGCACCUCUCACUGGGCACCACCCCAAGCAUGUCCUGGUACGCAGAUAUCCCCAGAGCCUAGAAACAAGACUGGACACUGGACGCCAUCCACUGAGCCUGCGGAGCUGACUAAGGGGUACCAGAGUCUUUCUGUGUCUCCAGAACCCUGCCUGUCCCUGGGAAGCCCACCUCUCCUGCCCCGCCCGUCAUGCCAGAGACUGCAGACCCAGCCUCAGUGGAGCUGCUGGGGCCACAAUGCAGAGAUGCUAUCCAGCUCUGAGGAUCAGGGUUCCAGCCCUGCCCCCAGCUCAGGCCUGCAGCUCAGUGGCUGUCCUGAACUUUGGCAGGGAGACCUGGAAGGACCCCCACUGAAUAUCUUCUACUAAUGUGGCCUGGCCUGCACCCUGUCAGUGUGGAGUUGGGUUGCCUUGGAAGAGCCUUCAUCUGCCUCUUCUGUGACAUUUCACACUCUCCUUAGCUAUGGAUUCCCUUUCCCAGAGGAUAUCUUUAGUGGAAAUAGUGUCUGGGACAGAUAAACAAUGGGUGCCUUCCCUGGCUAGAGGGGGGGCUGUGACAAGACCCUCCACUUCUAGGAAUCUUCUAGAGCAGUGGUUCUCAACCUUGGUAAUGCUGUGACCCUUUAACAAGGUUCCUCUCGUGGUGGUGACCCCCAACCAUAAAACUAUUGCUACUUCGUAACUAAUUUUGCUACUGUUAUAAAUCAUAAUGUAACUAUCUGUGUUUUCCGAUGGUUUUAGAUGAGCCCUGUGAAAGGGUCGAUCAACACCCUCCCCCGACCUCCCAAGCGGUCACAACCUACAGGUGUUCCCACUGUUCUAAAGGCUCAGAGCUCUGCAGAGCACAGGCUGAGCUGCUCUGAGAAUGCGGUGGCCUGAGUGUGGAGGACAGAGCAACUCCAUGUCCUGCUUACUGGGGACAGCUGGCCAGAAUCCU